UUUCUCCAAGCUCUUUCAGUAACCCUCAGUCCCUCGCUCGAUUAGCCUCUUCAGCGUCUUCAGCCCUUCCAUUCACUGCAAAUUUUUUCUGCGAUUCAUGGCCAUUACCGCUCCUUCGUGAAGGUUUUCAAUGCGCAUUAAAGAUAAGCUUCAAUCUUCGUUAUAUUUUGAACUCUUGGUUCAAAAAUAGUGGUUUCAUGUUUCAUUUAUCAUGUUGGUUGUCUCUAUCAUUGAUGGAUGCCUCAUUCCCUGCGUCGUAGAUUUCUGUUUCGUUUAAUAAAAUGAAUGUUACGCCGUUUCUGGUCGCGUAGUAGGACAAAUUCCUUAUCUUCAGGUUUUCCCUCGUUUGGAGCCGUGUUGUAUUUAGUUCAUUGUUUGACUUGAGUUUCGGCUUUUGGAUCCUAUUCUCUUUCUUGACGAUUUAGGGCUUCAUUCUCCAUCUUUGGUGGCUGUACUCUCUUCUGAUUCUUUGAGGGUCUCUGAAUUCUGUUUUUCAUGUAGUUCACUCUCAUCUUCCUUGCGUUGAGUUUAAGAGAAUGUAGCUAUAUCUUUAAUGUUUUAUUGGUCUGCUAACCAAUUGGGUCACUGAGAAGCAACCGAUCAUCCCCUAAAUUGGGGUGUUUUUCUUUGGAUGUGAUAAAGAUAAAAGGGGUCUCUGCUCAGAAUGACCAUGGGUAAUCCUGUUUUUGUGGAGUGGGAAGAACAAAUUAUAUGCCAGGAGCGUGGGAAUCGUGUAACUCACUUCUACUUAAGGGAUGCAUCAGGGAAUUCAGUGCUUGCUGUAGUGGGCACCGAGAGGAGUAUAAGGCAUAUGAUGUAUGUUGUGUCAGACGAAUUUUUGCAGGCUUAUGGAUCCAGAGAUAUCAUUUCUGGGUGUAAAUGGCGGGCUAGAAGAGAGGUGGUAGACUGGCUGACAUGUUUGGUAUCGAGGAAUAGACAUCAACAUAUGGAUGAUUUGGAUGCACUGAUGAAUGAUUCGGCACAAGCUGUAAAUUCUCUUGAAGCAUUAACAACUGGAACCAGUGCUAAUAAAACGUAUUCAUCUUACAAGAUGGUUUCUAGGAAGUUGAAAAUUCAAAGUUCCGACAUUGAAUGGUCAGGCACUUCUUGGUUUUGUGCUAAGCAGCUUAAGCACUACUCAGGAUUUUGUAGGAACGGGACAACUAUUUAUGUUCAUUCAUUUGUAUAUAUCAUGGCUGAAGAAGAAAUUCAGUAUCUUGGUUACAUAGAAGACAUGUAUGAGGAUAAGAAGGGGCAGAAAAAGGUCAAAGUAAGGUGGUUUCACCAUGGUCAGGAAGUUAAGCAGGUUAUGCCACAGCUGAAUCUGCAACCUGGAGAAGUUUUUAUCACAUCUCAUGUUCAAGUGGUUAGUGCUGAUUGCGUCAAUGGUCCUGCAAUUGUUUUGAGUCCUAAGCAUUAUGAGAAAUGCUUGCUUGCUGCAUCACAAGCCUCUUCAGCUGAUGUCCAUGUAUGCUCAAGGCAGUUUAAAAACAAUAAGCUUAAGCCUUUCUCUCUCUCUAAGUUGCGUGGGUAUUGUAACCAGUCCGUGCUUUCUUGUUUGAGUAGCCCUAUCCUUUCUAAGAGAAAGGUGAAGCAUCCAAAAUUGCACAGAGAAGAUGAAGAAGAUCCUUCAAGGCCUAGCAGUAAGAGGAAUAGAAGUUCUAAAGGGUACCAAAUACUUGGAAAGGUUUCUUCUACUCUUCAAAACGCUGCCCGGAAGAAUCAGAUAACAGAAUGUGAGCCAGUGUUCCCAAUGCUAAAAUUAAAACUGUCAAGAAAAACAAUGGGUAUUAAAGUUAUCGGUCCUAAGCCCAAGAGUCAUCCGUCUUUCAAGGAUGAUGAUAGGAUAGAGAUUUUGUGUCAAGAUAGUGGCAUAAGAGGGUGCUGGUUUAGGUGUAAAAUGUUACAUACAUCCCAAAAGAAGCUGAAGGUCCAGUAUGAGGAUAUACUGGAUGUAGAUGGAAAGGGAAAGCUGGAGGAAUGGAUCCCUGCAUAUAGAGUGGCAUCUCCUGAUAAAUUGGGUAUUCGAUGUACGGGCCGCUUUACAGUACGGCCACAUCCUCCUGAAGAUACUGCAGACCGUACUUUUGAGAUUGGGAUCCCAGUUGAUGCUUGGUUGGGUGACGGUUGGUGGGAAGGGGUCAUUACUGCAGUCAAUGUUUGUGGAGUUGAUACGCUGCAGGUUUAUUCCCCUGGUGAAGGGAAGUUCCUUGUGCUUGAGAAGAAGAAUAUCAGGAUUUCCCGAGACUGGGUUGGUGACAGGUGGGUUGAUUUAACGGGGAAGCCUGACAUUUGUAGCUUCUUAUCUUCAAAUGUUGCUUCCAGCAUCCAGCCGUUACUUCAGUCCGCCGUGGCAGAUGGAUCUUUAUCUGAUUUUUCAACAACGACGGAGACUAAAUUGUUGUCCAUUCCCAAAACUGAGGUCCUAGACAAGGAUGAGUCUCGAUUAUCUGGCUUCAGUGCAUCGGAUGACCAGGAAAAUAGGGUGGUGGUCACGUUGGGAAAGCCUCUCGACGUCAUUCAUGAAGACCAAGAUAAUUACUCUCCUGAUGCCAGUUUUGAUGUCACUGACAAAGAUGAUACGAAUGACAGCGAUCAAGCCAGUGAGGACAAACUGAAGGUGGAGCAAAAUUUUGAGUCUGCAAAACUAAAACUUGAUGGGGCAGAAGCAAUAGAAGUUGCAUGAAUAGAUGGUAAUUCUAAAUAAAGACUAUCGUUCCUAACGCAAUACUUGAAUGUGGUGGGACCGAACCACAUCCUGUACAUAUAGAAUUUGGGAAGAUUAAUUAUUUGGUGCAUAUACUUUUAACUUAAUUGUAACUCAAUUUUUAAAUUUUAACUAGGUAUAACUUAGUUAUUAUAGUUUAAUCUAAUUGUAACUUGAUGCUUAAAUUUUAACUCAAUGUAAUUUAGUACUUGAAGUCAUAAUUAUAAGAAUCAAAUUUCAGGUGUGUUUAGAUA